AUGUCUGCAGUAUCAUCACAUGCACCCAUCAUGGAACACUCUCCCAUCUCGCCCGAAGACAUCUUAUUCUUCCAGCAGGCCAUCGCCCUCGCCGACCAAACUCUCAAACUCUCCUCUGUCGGGCCCCUUUGCCCAGCUACGGAGGAGAAGGCCAAGGACCUCAAGGAAUCCGCCCACGAAGGCCUAUUCCCAGACACCAGAACAAACGAGCGCUACACCACGGACGACUAUCGCUGCGACGUGCGCGAUCACACGAAAGAUCUACGGGGGUAUUUCAAAGACGAAGCUAAGUACCACGAUCUCAUCGCCGAGCUGUGCCAAAUCUUUCGCGAUCAUUAUGUCCUAAAGUACAUGGACUGUCAUGUGGACGACUUGCCAGUAGCGCUCCACAAGCUGUGCGGCGUUAGGAGUGAUAGUCACUGCGCGGAUUACAUCCGCACGCGAACGAAUCCAACCUGGGAUGAGCUCUUGCGGGGAAUGCAGGAGGAAGCAUUACUCAUGUCGAACUAUGAGUCCGCGCUGAGGGAGUAUGAGCGUGAGCACACCAUCAAAAGGAUCGCACACCUGUUCUGCGAAGAUGAAUGGACUGACAGAGAGUACGGACAAGAGCGUGCUGACUUCCUCCAAAUUCUCAAGGAAAAUACGCCCAGCGGCCGCAGGCAAAGGGACUUCAACCGCUACACGGACAAGCUCUUGCGUGGAGAGUACAACGCAAUGGCCGGCCACCUCCGCCGCGACAGGAACCUUCUCACGACAAGGCUGCACCGCGCGGAAGACGCGAGCUUGCGGUCUAUUUUAAGCGAAGGGGUCAAUAAGAAGGAGAAGUCCCUGUUCUUGGUGAACAAGUACAUAUUCAAUGGUUACGAUGACCCGUUCUGGAGGGUGUACCCGACAAAGGAGGCUGUGGAGAUGAGCGUGUUCCAGGAUUACUGGGAGCAGAGGCCCAGACGUCGCACUGACGGUGAAGAUGACCUCUUUGGCAUACCUGAUAUGGGUCUCGGGCCAUUUAGCUGGUGA